AUGACAAGUAAAUCGAAUGAUGAUUUUGGAAGACUGGAAGAGAGAAUGAAUGAAUGUAGUUUUGUGAGAUAUAAUAUUUAUCGAAGAUACGCUGUUGUAGAGCGUGUCGUACAAGCACGUCAACCACAACAGGACCUUCAAGUUGAACAAGGCAGUUCAAGUCAUCGAGGCAGUGAGCAUGCUGAAUCAGAUAAUCAACAAAAUCAUGUUUCUCAGGAGUCUACUUCUUCAGAGUCUCAAUUGCGUACUGAUUUACCCUUUGAGCAAGAACCAAGACUUACAAGGAUAACAACUAAUUUGCGGUCGGUAGCCAACACAUCCUAUCAAUUCUUUUCAGCAUUAAUUUCUUCAAUUAUUCCGGAACAACAACCACCCCUACAUCUAGACUAA